AUUAACUAACCGUCACACACCAACUACCAUUCCUAUGUUGAAAAACCCAAAAAUGGAUACGAGAGUACACGACUUUUUGGUGAGCUUCGCAGCCUCGUCACCACCGCCUUUGCUUCCUCAAGGGAUGCUGCUGCCUCCCAAAACUCCCAUCAUCCAGCAUGGAAACCCCAGAACCAGAUCGAAGAGAAGAUCAAUCCUUUCCAUCAUCUUCUUCUUCUUCGCCAUCGAGCUCACGGGUGGAAGAAGAAGAAGAAAGUGACGGACGUUCAAAUGGGGACAAUUUUGAUGAGCAGCAGCGGAUGAGAAGGUCUAGGACUUAUCAUGUGAACUUGUUGGUGUUCGAUGUAGAAGUGUCUGAGGAUGAUAUUUGGUCGGCCCUUGCUGUGCUUGUCACCUUUUGGUUCUUUGCAUCUAUGACUAUGAUUCUUGGUUUCUAUGGAUCUGGCAAUCUACAAUUGGGCCCGAACUGCUCGCGCUUGAUACAAACUAAUCCGUUCUUUGUGCAAUCGAUUAAGGCACAGGAGUUUGAUGAGCAAAAACUUGGCCCAGUGUUAUAUGGAUUCAACAAACCUCCUCCCUUGGAUGUUGAAAUAGCAUGGACCGAAACACAGGAUACGCUUGUUCCAGCCAAUUUUCACAAGGCAUGGAUUUACUUUCUAAACAAAGGGUCUGGUUUGGAUAUUACUUACCGUGUGAAGCCUACAAGUUCCUCGCCUUUAACUCUUGUAAUCGCACAAGGUAGUGAGAGCCUGGCUGAAUGGAUAGAGGAUCCGUCAUACGGUAAUGCAACAUUGUCUUGGAAUAUAAUUUAUGGAAGUGGUAGGAUCCAGCAGGAUAUUCCAAAGUCUUCUACUUACUAUAUCGCAGUAGGAAACUUGAACCCUGAGUUUGUUGAGGUAGAGUUGGUAUUCAACAUAAAAUCUGUUCUUUAUAACACAACCGAGGCGUAUUAUAAAUGCUCUUUGUAUAACCGGUUAUGUAGCUUAAAGCUUUCCCUCUUGGGGGCAAAUGUUGCUGUCAUAACUUCUCCAGGUCCUAAAGAGGGUAUCCCUAAUGAUGAUUGGUAUGUAAGCCUGUCUUAUGGACCGCGAUGGGCCAUGUAUUUUCUUGUAGCAGGCGUUGUGACUUUGCUCCUCGUAACGGCCUUUAAAUUUUAUAACAAAUUCCAGAAUUCUAGUGAAGACACAACCGAAUUUCAAGCAGAGGAGGGACAAUCCGUGCAAACCCCGCUGCUUUCACCCAAAGACGAUGAUACUUUGAGUUGGGGUUCGUCGUAUGAAUUUAUUUCCAAUAAUGAAGAAGAUUUGGAUGAGUGCCUUGCAGUGAGUUCCCUUGAAGGAAGGUUAACAAAUGAAGGAGAUAGCAACAAUACUCGGCAUCUUUGUGUCAUAUGCUUUGAUGGUCCUAGGGAUUGCUUCUUUCUUCCCUGUGGACAUUGCGCUGCCUGUUUUACUUGCGGAACAAGGAUUGCCGAGGAGGCUGGUACGUGUCCCAUAUGUCGUAGAAGGAUGAAGAAAGUGAGGAGGAUUUUUACAGUUUGAGCUUGUAUGUAUGUGUGAACCAAGUUUGCAGGCAGCUCCCUUGUACCAUAGUUUUUAUGAAUCUUGUGGAUAUUUUUUCACUAACAGAUGAAGAAGUAGUGGUUUCUAUUAUACUUCAAAAAUUUUCACACAUUAUCACAACCACAAGAAUUACAACUGUAAUCUCUCCAAAGUGCAAAUAAUGUAUUUGAAAGAAAUGAGUAUCGUUAUUAUUCAUGUA